AUGCUCAGUCUCAUCGUUGCUUGUUUAGUUCUCCCCCUAAUAUGUUACAAACUUGUCAGGUCCUACAACCAGUCACGUGAGGACGAACAGUUUGCUGCAUCAAAGGGAUGCCAGCCGCCUCGAAAAUGGAGCGCAAAAUGGCCACUGGGACUUGAUAUGCUUGUAAAAGCAGUUCGCUACGAAAAAAGGCAACAAAUACUCCAACUCUUCCUCGAGGAGGUUGCAGCUUCGGGGAGCACAUUUGAACAAAACCUCCUUUUUGCCCGAGGAAUAGACACAGUUGAACCCCGGAAUAUUGAGGCUAUUCUGUCCACGCAAUUUACUGGUAGUGGCAUAUUCACCCAAGAUGGGCCGCAAUGGAAACACUCACGCGAGCUUUUACGGCCCCAGUUCAUGACCAACCGGUUCCGUAAUUUCGAGCAAAUCAGACAUGCUGUAAACAACCUCAUAUCAAGUGUGCCGGACUCUGGAGUUGUUGAUUUACAACCCCUCUUUUUUCGUCUCACCUUCGAAACAACCCUCUUCCUGUUAUUUGGCCACUACCUACCCUCUCUGAAGUCUGAAGGCAUCACAGGCCACGAAUCUCAAUUUGCAAAUGCUUUCAACCUAGGACAAGACUACCUCGCUCAGCGAGGCCGACUAGGCGAUUUAUACUGGCUUCUUGGAGGCCGAGAGUUUAAGGACGCCUGUAAGGUGUGCCAUGAUUUCAUAGAUAAUGCCGUUCAAAAGGCCCUGAAACAUUCUUCUCGUGAAAAGAAAGUCUCCGACGAGGAGAAAGAGACAUAUGUAUUUAUCGACGCUCUUGUCCAGGAAACCCGUGAACCCAGCGUACUAAGGGACCAAUGUCUGAAUAUUCUCUUGGCUGGGAGGGACACUACGGCGUGUUGUCUCACAUGGACUCUUCGCCUGCUUGUUCAGCACCCGGACGUUCUAUCUAAACUUCGCGACGAAGUCAGAGAUACAAUCGGCAUGGGUCCGGAUGCACCAGAUCCCACAAUUAGCCAGGUCAAGAAGCUGUCAUACCUGUCGCUAGUCAUCAAAGAAGUUCUUCGCUUAUAUCCCUCGGUCCCUGUGAAUUCUCGUGCGGCUGUAAAGACAACCACUCUCCCAACUGGCGGUGGUCCCGACGGUUCAGCUCCGCUUCUGGUCCGACGCGGUGAAGCCGUUGGGUAUUGCGUCUACGCUAUGCACCGCCGUAAAGAUAUAUAUGGACCCGACGCUGAUUGUUUCAGACCGGAACGCUGGGAGAAUGAUGCACUCAAGGAUGUCGGUUAUGGUUAUUUGCCUUUUAAUGGAGGGCCACGGAUAUGUCUAGGUCAAGAAUUUGCCCUAUUGGAGGUGGGCUAUACAGUUGUUCGAUUACUUCAGACGUUUGAAACGAUUGAGGAGGCAGAAACGAAGGUCCCAGGCGCACCAUUGGGUGAAGAAAAACAAACCUUGACACUAGUUGUAUCCAGCGGUGAAGGGUGUUGGGUCAGUAUGAAAAAGGGAACAAAGUAG